AUGCUUAAGCUUGCUGGAGGUGCUGGAACUGGAGCUCGUAGUCGUAGAACACUUCAUUCUCCACUGAACCUGUCGGAUUAUUCUAUUGAAUGCAUUCAUCCCCAUUGUCCAGCGAGAAUGAUCAAAUACACAACACGAGGAAGGGAUACAAAAGCAGCUGCAAAUAUUGCUCUGUCUGGAGCAUCCAUUUCGCCAAAAUGCCAAUCACAUAAG